CUCGUCCAAAAACUUGACCAUAUCUGGAUAUCGACACGCCGUGGAGCUGGCGAGAUAUCAUGGCCUGUGAGCGCAAGUUUGCACCCCUCUUGCAGGUCAACAAGGUCUAUCAUGCCCAUCACAUGCGCAAACGGUAUAUUUUCUUCAAUCGGCGAUGGUGGAAAGCCCACAUGUUUGCCAUGUGGAGAGCGAAUGAGGAGAAACGCUCGGGCGAAGACGGAGCGCUACUUGCAUCUUCUUGCCAGAAAUAUAGUCGAGAUCAACUAAGCGACUGAAGUUUGAC